GGGGUUACUGCUGGGACCUGGGGGGGGCUCGGCUGGGCCUGGGCAGGGCUUGGCUCAGGGAGAUGUUUGCUGGCUCCUCAGAACCUCCUUGGUUUUAAAAUGAUCAAAAAAUAAUCAGAACCUUUGAUUUCCUGAGGCCCCUGUGGGUACAGGCGUGGAGCGUUGGCAUUCAUUCCUGUACCCCCAGUCCCCUUUCCGUGGAUGCGGAGGAGUUGGGCACCGAGAGCUGCCCCCGACCCAGCCCGCCCGGCUGCUGGGGCUCGGCAGGUCGGGGAGAGGCAGUGCCACCGCCGCGGGGUCUGGCUCUGCCCCCGGGGGUCUCGCCCCCAUCGCUCGGGCGGUGCUGUGCCCUCAAAGCACUGACAAACCGCAACGUGUUGUGUUUGCUGCUGGUGUGUGAGAAAAGCCCUUCCCUUGCCCUCGGCGGAGGCUGGAUGGGUUGCUGGGGCCGGGGGGACGCGGUGGUGCAGGCUGCGGUGCUGGGGCAGCGCGCUCGGCCCUGCUGCUCCCUUUUCCCACGCUGGGUACAUCUCUACCAGCGUGCCGCGCGUUUCCGCGCAGCAGCGUGCCAGCUCCUGCCGAACGCAACCUGCUCCUUUGCACCGUAUCUCAACUCCCCGUGCCGUCGGGGGCCGCAGCCACGGUUGCCCUCCCCGGCAUGGUGGCAUCCUGUCCCGGCUGGCACCUCUCCCCCCGCCAGCAGCAUUUCUGCUGCUCUCGGCAGCGUCUGCCGCGCACGUGUGGGCUUUUCCUCCCAGAGCUUCCUGCGGCGAGCAGACGGUGGGGCCGCGUCGUGGCCGCAUCCUGCAGAGGCACCUGCACUGAGCCCUCCUGUCACCCCGCUCGCCCCCGGGCUCCUGGUGUGGGCAGAGCGGCCCUACCGCAGCACGCUGGCACCGUCUGCUGUCUCAGCACUUGCCAGGGCGCUGGGGUUGCUUGCACAGGCUUCCUCUGACCCCUUUCCCGUGCCUCAGUUUCCCCUUUUUGCACGGAGAAGUCUGCCUGCGCCUGUAGCAGCAGCUGCGGGGAUGCCCGUGCGCCCUCGCUGGUUCGCAGCGAGCAGCCGGGAGGUGCAGGGGAUGGAGAAGGGCCACGCUCGCGUCUGCACCCCCGGCGCCCCCGGGGAGCUGCACCUCUUGCUGUGGCCUCGCUGCCCGGCGUGCGAGAGGGAGGUGCGAGGGAGGCGCGAAGGAGCCCGCCGCGCGUUCGCCCGGGUUCUGCGAGCACUGGGGGCUGAUCCCCUCCCUGCUCGCACAUAGCAGCCUGCAGGGCUGAGGGGAAGCUCCUGCCGCCCCGGCCGGGCAGGUUCCUCCGGCUGCGCCGCGGCCGUGUCCCGCAGACAGGGUGUGGAGCCAGCCCAGCCGGCAGCGGCUGCGGGAGCUGCGCCGGUGCAGCCGGACGGACCCCGGGCUGUGCCCGGUGGCAGAGAGGAGACGGGCAGGCUCUCAGGUCCCAGCCGCCCGGUCAUGGCGAACGAAGAGGAACAGCCGUCGGCUCUCUCGGAUAACCAGGUAAAGGCGUGUGCCUGCGGGAAACCCUCUGCGGAGAGCUGGGAAAGCCGCUGCAGCCCCUGCUCAGGCCUCCCCUGCCUGUGCCGGCCGAGGGGGCUUCCCUCAUGCCGGAGAUGGGGGCAACGCCGUGGGGUUGCCCGGCCCAGGGCUUUGCAGGCUCCUGCUCGCCCAAACGGCGCUUCCCAGGAUGGCUGCUCCUGCUCCGCUGUCUCUGUGUGACACACCGGCCCUGCAGCCGAGCCGUGGCUCCGGUUCCUCCGUGGCAGCCCCACACAGCAGCGCAGCCCGGAGCGGGACGCGGCUUCCCGGCACUCCCCAGCCCCAGGCGAGGGAAAGCCGGGCGCUGCGGCCGGGGAAGCUCGGGGGGAUGCAGCAGGGAAACCCCCUCCUGCAGCCACGGCCGAGGGGCCCGUCCCGUGCAGCGGCACCGCGGGGCUGGCAAGGAACUGGCCACCGGCCCCUCCGCUUUGCCCAGCACCAGCCAAGGGCUCCCGGGCACAACCUCUCGGGGAAGACACGUUUUUCCCUCGGAUUUGCCCACUCUGCGGUGACAGACGGGCACCGGCCGCCCGCUGCUGCUUCAGCCAGGGAUGCCCGAAGCCCUGUGUCCUCCCGCGCCCUGGGGCAGCCGAGGCUCCCGCUGCGGCUCCUCUCAGUCUCUCUCCCUCAGGUCUUCGCGCUGACGUGCAUCUACCUGCCGGCCUCGCUGCUGAGCCUCCUGGGCAGUGGGUCGGUCCUCGCCGUCACCUCCCGGCAGAGGCGAUGCUGCCACAUCCAGCUUCGCCCCCUUUUCCUCCUCGCCCUGGCAGAUUUCCUGGCCGCCGCCGCGCUGCUGGGCACAGCCACCAUCCAGCUGCUGCCAGCCCGGCUCUUCAUCCCGGCGUACGCUGCCUGCCCCUACGGACGGAUGCUGGCCACGACCUUCUACGCGGUCUCGUUCCUGAUGGUGGUUGUCUACGCGUACGAAGCCUACCGCACCGUCCAGGGCUGGAGAGCCUGGCACGUCGCAGCUCUGCAGGAGAGGAGCAGGUGCCUGGAGAGCCUGUGGCAGGGGCUGCCCUACAUCCUGGCCUGGCUGGUGCCGGCGCUCACGCUCCUGGGACAGCUGGUGGCCCGCGGCACCUCCACCACCGACAUCGCCCCAAGGCCCAUCGAGCCCGUCGUGCCGUGGAAAGGCAACCGCUCCCACGAGACCUACAGCCUUUACUGCUCCAGCUGCCUGCUCCUCAUCCGCCGUGCCCAGGAUAUCUGCUUCCAGUACGUAGGGAGGAAGGACGUGGGCCUGGAGGGGAAAAUCAUCUUCUUCUUGUACCUGCUGCUGGUGCUGAGCUGCUGCACGGUAAGCCAUCGGCACGGCGGGGCAAGCGCGGGGCCCGGCCGCAGCGGCCAGCGCGCCCCGGCCAACGCCGCUCCUGCCGCCCAGCUCCUGUACCGCAGGGUGAAGCUCCGGUGCCGGAGGAACGCCGCGGAGCCCUUGCUGACCCUGGAGAAGGACGGCUUCGCAGGCAGGAGCAUCCGCAGCGUCAGCAACGUCUCUCACUACUUCCAGCUGGUUUUCCUGCUCUGCUGGGCUCCAGCCUUCCUCCUCACCCUCCUCUCCUUCACCAGCAUCAGACCUGCCUCAGUCUUUGUCCUCUAUGUUACUACGGCCCUGACCGUCUCCCUCCAGGGCUUCCUGCACAGCUUGGUCUACGGCUGGAUGAGGCGAAACUUCCGUCAGGAGGCGGUGGGCGAGAGACCCUCCCUGCGGCGCCCCCACGGCCUCAAGGCUUUCUACGACGAGUCGCUGAGGGCCAUUCCUUAGGCUGCCCCCUCGCCCGGGCUGCCCCGAAGCCUCGGUGGGAUUUGCGCAUCGCUGGCAGCCCCCCGCAGCCCGGCCGGAGCUGGGCAGGGUCUCUCUGGACCCUUCGUGCCUGGGAGGGU